UGCGCACGCGCAGAGGUCGGCAAAAUGGCGGCGCCCGUGGACCUAGAGCUGAAGAAGGCUUUUACUGAACUGCAGGCCAAGGUUAUCGACACACAGCAAAAGGUGAAGCUGGCAGAUAUACAGAUUGAACAACUAAACAGGACGAAAAAGCAUGCACACCUCACUGAUACGGAGAUUAUGACUCUGGUGGAUGAGACACGCAUGUAUGAAGGUGUAGGGAGAAUGUGA